CUCGGACAGCUGUAGAUUAAUAAAUGCGCCAUCUUAAAUUAUUGACGUGAUCUUCACUCUUAUCACGUGACCUUCGGAGUCAUGAGGAGGCUGCGGAAUAAAGUCAGUUAUAAAACAAACGGUUUUAUUAAAAGGCAUCUCGCCAUGCUCUCUUCAUCUUCUUUCAUCAUCCUAGUGCUGUUCUUCUUUUCGGCCUCCAGCGCCUCACCUACGCUCUCCAGGAGAUAUCCCAGACAAGCAGCCCCUUAUGAACCCGACGACGGGCCUCUCAUAUUCGUAGAUUCCGGAGAACGCUUUACAGAGUGGCCUGAGGAAAGACAUCCAAGUGUUACUCCAAUCCCCCAAAACCAAAUAAACAGGAACUUACUUGAUAUCUCCUUUCAUCAGUGUCCUUCAGGAUACAGGAUGACCCCUAGUGGUGAUUGCCGAAGAAAUUGGGGUUAAUUUCUGGAUGUGAAUAUUUAAGACAAUUGUUAUUUAUUUGUUGGAUUUUUUACGUUUAUUAGAUUUUAAGAUGCCUCUAUGUUAAAUUAUGUGUAAAAUAUUAAAAGUAUUCACAUAACUAUAUUA